AUGGCUCUGGCCUUGAGCUCCUUGACCGAUGAGCUCAUUACAGUGCUGGCCAAGGUCCCGGCUGACCAGAAACAGUUUCCGCGCGUCCAGAAUCUCCGCCGACGCGUAGAGGGCGCUCUACGCACUGGUACUCAUGGACGUACCAACCAGUUCGCCGUAGCGCGCAAGCUGGAAGGUCUUCAAGAGAAGUUCCAAGUCCUCAAUCGAGAUGAGCUGGCCAAUGCUCUGAGCAUUCGCCUCAAAGAACUAGAGGGCUACCGCGACACAUGGCAUCCGGAGAUUCUGAGUCUGCUUUUGCAGCUUUCAGAUCGCCCGGAUCAAUUAUCUAACCUCGAUCGACUCCCGGAUCCUUGUGAUGCACCCACAGAAGAACAAUCGCUCUUGUGGUCUGACCUCAAUGCUCAGGGAACCGCCUACAGCAGUGAAGACAUCUGGGAGGAGGUGGACUUUGCGGCCGACUCUUCGGAAGAUGACUUUGUGUCAAUCUCAGAUGGUGAUGAUCUAUUGCCCUCUAAAUUUUUACCAGUGAUUCCCGGCUCUCCAGAAAAGGAAUACGUCAUUCCAGACGAAGUCUUUGUGUCCGCCGACGACGAAGAUCUCAUUGCCUCUGUAGAAAAGGCCCAGUUUUGGAAACCAGAGAACCAUCCAAAAGUCACACGGGAAAAAGAAGAUGCAUCUCGCAUUAUUACAGAAUUACAGUUUGCCAGAGAGACAAUAUUCAUGCUGCAAGGCUUACCGACGUCCAUCUUCUGGCGCCUGAACCACGAUAUUGAAGUGGAUCGCACCUAUACUCUUGCGUAUUCCUCCAGCAAGAGUGUUUCAUCAUUACUGCGAUCUUUCGCCGAGAUUGGAGCCAAAAUAGAUACUGCCCGGCGCUUCACACAGAUACCACAGACCAUUCCCUAUCUGCAGACCUUCUGCCGUGGCAUCGAGGAGUGUUUGCGUGAGUUUGAUCGGACUCUGUCUCAAAUCCAAUGCAAAUGCCUUUCUCCUGGUUCUACAGUCAGCUUGCUCCAAUUGUUCGAUGAUGUUCGCCGAUUUUCUCGCAAUCUCGAGAUGCUAUCAGAGCUGAUCUCCAAGCUGGGCCAAACAUCGACGACUCAGCCGAUGCUCUGCCUUGAUCUAUUGUAUAGUUUGGUCUGCAUGGCUGAAGCUCUUGGCGAUGAGAGUGCAUCCCGAAGCCUUGCAACACUAUUCUUUUCCUGCUUCAAAACAUAUACAAGAUCAAUACAGUUCUGGAUGAAGACUGGAAAGGUUGAUUCCAAAGACAGCGCAUUCUUCGUGCGGGUCAACCAGGAGAACGGGGAACUACGUACCCUCUGGCACAACUGGUUCGUGCUGGACGAGGGCAGCAGACGACAGAAAAUCCCUCAAUUCUUGGAACCCGGAGUGCAAAAGGUGUUUACGACUGGCAAAAGCAUGGUUUUCUUGCAUCAUUUGAACGCACUACCAGACCUUUCAGAGACCGAAAGCUCUGACGCGAUUUUCGAUGAAAUUUAUCCCCCAAACGGACCCUCUUCAUUUUCGCUUCCGUUCUCCGUGCUUGUCGAGACCGCAUUUGAUAAACUGGUAGAUGCAAACCAUUCACUCAGCUCUGGGCUAUUACGCAAAGAGCUCGACGAACAAUGCGGUUUGUGGAUAUCUCUCGAUGCCUUGCAACACGUCUACCUAGGAAAAGAUUCAAGCAUUCUUGGUACGAUCGAUGCAAAGAUCUUCGAGCUGAUGGACCGAGGUCGCUCCUGGGACGACAAGUUUCUAAUUACCGAAGUGACAAGAUCGGCAUUUACUGUCAUGCCUGCCAUUGACCUAUCAAGGCUGGCCGUGCGAUCAGCAGGCUCUUCAGCUUCCAGCCCUCAAAACCGAACCGUGAGGGUCCUCGAAACAAUCUCAAUAGAUUACAUUCUUCCGUGGCCUGUCGCAAACAUCAUUACCCGAGACGCCAUCCAAUCUUACCGGCGCAUUUCCACCUUCCUCAUGCAGAUACGACGUGCAAAGUAUGUCAUUGUGCGGGAGCGCAUUAGAGAUGCACGAAACCCGGUCACAGACGCUCAAGAUGACGAUACUCUUGUCCACGCUCUGCAUCACAACUUCCUUUGGUUCCUUGACUUUCUCUACUCCCACCUUACAUACCUUGUCAUCUCCACCGCAUAUCAAUGCCUACGCAUGGCGCUCUCCAGUGCGGAAGACGUUGAUGCCAUGAUAGCCGCCCACCAGUCCUACAUAUCCUCACUGGAAGACCAAUGCCUCUUAUCUGAGAACCUUGCUCCAAUUCACGAGGCAGUCAUCAAUAUCUUGGAUCUCUGCAUCCAUUUUGCAGAUCUGCAGAUUGCACGAGUGUCGGAGGAGGAUCAGGAUGGUCGGAUGAACACAUCACGCGAAGAUGGCUUUGACUCCGACUCGGAUGAAGAAGAUGAUAUCCACGAGCAGACUUUGACCAUUUCGUUCCGUGAAUCGCCCUACGACCACCAGAUGCGAAAUGUCAAGCGCCAGUUCGACCACCUUACCAGCUUCGUCGCGGAUGGAUUGAAGGGCGUAGCGCGGGCCGAUGGACUCCCCAGCUGGAAUAUUUUGGCGGAUCGAUUGGAGUGGAGGAAAGGCUGGCUCAAGCCGUGA